CCAGCGUGCCGCUGAAACAGUCGAGCUGUGAGGUGUGUGAUAAGUCCAGCCUUGGCUGUACUUUAUUUUAUGCCGGUCCUUCUGCUACUGCCUGCAGGCUUCAACCUUAGCUCAGAGUGACAGGAUGGAUGGAACAUAUUUACAGAGAAGAGGAGGCCCAUAUAAGACAGAACCAGCCACAGACUUAACCCGCUGGCGUUUGAGUAAUGAAGAAGGUCGGCAGCGGUGGCGAUAUCUAGCAGAUGCUGACGGUGUGGAACGGGAGCAGACUGCACUGGAGGCUCAUUCUCUAGGGCUGCACACAUCUAAAGUCUUCCCAAUCUUGCCUACAGCCUGUACUGCAGAAGAGGCAGCGCUAAAUGGGAUGAAUUUUUUUGCAGGCCUACAAGCAGAGGAUGGUCAUUGGGCUGAGGAUUAUGGAGGACCUCUCUUUCUGUUGCCAGGACUUCUGAUUGUGUGCCAUGUUGCUAAGAUUCCACUCCCAGAAGAAAGUAGGAAGGAGAUGGUGCGUUACUUGCGUUCAGUGCAACUCCCAGAUGGAGGAUGGGGCCUACACAUUGAGGACUUGUCUAAGGUAUUUUCUACUGCUCUGAACUACACGGCCAUGCGUAUUCUUGGAGUCAGCGCUGAUGAUCCAGAUUUAGUGAAGGCUCGAAAUAACCUCCAUAGCAAAGGUGGUGCUGUAGGAGUCGCUUCCUGGGGUAAAUUUUGGCUGGCUGUCUUGAAUGUCUACAGUUGGGAAGGAAUGAAUACGUUGCUUCCUGAGAUGUGGUUGUUUCCUUCAUGGAUGCCAGCUAACCCUUCCACACUUUGGUGUCAUUGCCGCCAGGUUUACCUGCCAAUGGCCUACUGCUAUGCUGUCCGCCUCACUGCAGAAGAAGAUGAACUUAUCUUGAGCCUUCGACAGGAGACCAACAGCAAGCUUUACUUGGAAACUGACUCCGCCUUCAAUUGUACCUAAACUCUCGUGAUUGGCUCGUACUUUCAUCAG